ACUCCAACAAGCAGGACAGCUUGAGGCAUUUGGCAAAUACCCUGGCAGAAGCAAGAGUUGCCCCACUUUCAGCACUGUAUUUGGGAGUGAUUAAGGAUGUUUAUAAUGAUAAGCAUCCUGAAUCUAAAGUGAAGGGGAAGUUUGGAAGAUUGG